CAAAACAGCAGGAUUGCAAUGGUCAUGAAACAAGGAAGGAAAUUAAUCUUAUAGACGAUAGUUGAAGAUGCUAUAAAUAAGAAUACCUGGACUAAGAACACUGUGAUGUCAGUAAUGCUACUCAGUGAGUGGUUUACUACGGUCUUACAAACAGACCAUAUGCCAUGCGCUCUUCAGUCUGAUAAAGCACCAUAUGGCCCAGGCGUCGCGUUUAGUCCUGUCACAAUCCGAUUAACCUGUCGAAUAAACCAGUCGAUUUCUUUUCUAGUACUCGUGUUAUUUCCUCUUUGAAGGUAACUGAUAACAGCUACUCAGGCUUCAUCGAUAGGCAGACGCUGUAAUCGCGAUUUAUAUUUACACAGAUGAGUGUUGAUAAACAGGAGCCGGUCAUGAACACGUGCAAUGGCUAGAAAACUCGAGCGAGGAUAGAGCAGAAGUACAGUGCCAUGGAAGAUGCCCAGUCCAGACCCCAUUCAGCCCACUCCACAUACUCACAGACGACCGAGGAUGCAGCCUCCGCCUUGGGAAAUAAUGCCGAACAUCACCUUACUGUCAGUCAGACAGUGCUGGUGGUUCCGAAGCGCUCAGAGAGCCCCAAUCCGAGUAUGACCGAAGAGACGACGUAUGUCCCUCGUCUGGUGUCUUCAGUUGAUGCUUGUACUAACACAGACCCUCCGUACGAAUGCUGCCCAUGGCUGCGCAGACUGUGCCCGUGUCCACCCAGAGGCCUGCUGGCUACCAUUAUCACCAAAGUGUCCAUGGCCGCAGUGCUCUUUGGGGUUGUUUGGUCCAUUACAGAGAAGGAAUGUCUUCCUGGCGGGAACCUCUUUGGUAUUGUGACCUUGUUUAUUUGUUCUGUAGCCGGGGGAAAACUGUUUGGACGCAUACACUUCCCGAACAUGCCACCUUUACCUCCACUACUUGGCAUGCUGCUGGCAGGGUUUAUCCUCAGAAACAUCCCUGUGGUCACAGAUGCAGUUUACAUUGAUGUUAGAUGGUCUGCUUCUCUGAGGAACAUUGCACUGGGUGUCAUUCUGGUCAAGGCUGGGUUGGAAUUAGACGAAAAGGCUCUGAAGAAGCUCAAAACCGUGUGUUUGCGUUUGUCCAUGUUCCCUCUGACCUGCGAGGCAACCACUAUGGCUGUGGUCUCCUAUUUAAUAUUGGGUCUUCCAUGGGUCUGGGGCUUUAUUUUAGGGUUUGUUCUCGGAGCUGUUUCUCCUGCUGUUGUGGUUCCGUCUAUGCUGCUUCUGCAUAAGGAGGGGUAUGGUUUAGAGCAGGGUAUACCUACUCUACUCAUGGCAGCAUGCAGUGUUGAUGACAUCAUUGCCAUUACCUGUUUCACCACCUGCUUGGGUAUAGCUUUCGCCACAGGCACUGUGUGGGUAAAUAUACUGAGGGGACCACUGGAGGUAUUAGGUGGGGCGGUCACUGGUGUGGCCUUAGGGUACUUUCUACGAUACUUCCCCAGCAGAGACCAGGGAAACCUCGUGCUGAAGCGUUCCUUCCUGGUGUUGGGGCUGGCCGUGUUUGCUUUGUUUGGCAGCGAUGUGGCUGGGAUUCCUGGUGCAGGAGGACUCUGUACGCUAGUGCUGACAUUUGUGGCUGCAAUAGGCUGGGGGAAAGCUAAGGCUCCAGUGGAAGCGGUGGUGGAGAAGUUUUGGCAUGUGUUCCAGCCUCUUCUCUUUGGUCUCAUCGGUGCUGAGGUUAUCAUUACUUCUUUGGAGGUCACGACUGUGUUUCUGGGUAUAGCAGCCCUGUUCAUCGCACUCAUGGUACGCCUGAUUGUCACUUUUGUUGUGGUACUGCGAGCCGGCUUUAACUUGAAAGAGAAAGUCUUCAUCGCUCUAGCCUGGAUUCCUAAAGCCACAGUACAGGCUGCCAUUGGCUCUACAGCUCUGGACAUGGCGCGCUCUAAGAAUGACCUUGAGCUGCAGAGGUACGGCAUGGAUGUCCUCACUGUGGCUGUGCUGUCCAUCCUCAUCACCGCUCCUAUUGGAGCACUCCUCAUCAGCCUGCUCGGACCUCGACUCCUGCAGAAACCAAAGAACCCUGAGUGGGCUGUCAGUCAAGGUGCUUUAUCUGCAUCGGGGACCCCGGUGACGUAUGAGAGUGCCCUGUGAUGUUUCUGGAAUGCUUCUGGGAAGUGACAACCCGACGUCCAAGGCUGCUGAUGAUCCUUUUUGUCUUCAAAGUGGAUUCUCAAACUCAUUAUUACUGCAACCCUCUGAAGUCAGACUGCAAAAGUGGCAGACUCGCUUUUCAGAUGAAGGAACCCAACUCUUAUUUUUUUACCUUCCAAGGUGGAUGAAAACUCUCAAAUCACUCGCAAUAUUCCUUUUACAGGUGGGAUUUUGAAGGAUCGAACACUAUAGGGAUCAUUGUUAGCACUAUCAAGUACAAAAACAUGUUUAUGAAUAUAAUUUUUUUCUA